UUCGAGUCACCGCUCAUGUCGAUCCUUGUGCUCAUCGCGACACUGCUCGCAUUCGCGCUACCAGUGGCUUAUCUCGUCAAUGGCAUCGUUCCGGAUCCUUACAUGGACGAGAUUUUCCACGUCCCGCAAGCUCAGCGCUACUGCAAAAGGGAUUUUUAUACUUGGGAUCCUAUGAUCACAACGCUGCCAGGAUUAUACCUCGUAUCACUGGUUUUUGAAUCUAUGGUCUCGUGGAUUCCUGGGAUGGAUUUAUGCACUCUCAAUGCUCUAAGAUCCAUCAAUAUACUUUUGUCACUGGUAUGUGUUUGUCUGUUCCGGAGCAUUUUGCUUCAUCUCGACCCGAAAGUGAGCGAGAGAGCGUUGCUUCUCAAAUCCGUGGUACUUGCUUUGUACCCUUUGCACUGGUUUUUCACGUUUCUAUAUUACACCGACGUUGGCUCCACAGCAGCCGUGAUGGCCAUGUACUUGGCAUGCUUGAAGAGAUCCUACUGGAUUUCUGCUACGCUUUCUAUCUUGGCGAUAAUGUUCCGGCAAACAAAUGCUGUCUGGACCGUUUUUGGUCUCUGUGUUGGAGUGAUACAAUUUUUGCAAGAGGCGAUUUCGUCUUCAAAAGAGGAGGAAGCAGUUGAUGAUACGGAGAAAACUCCUGACAAAAGAUAUUCUGAAUCAAAGUUUCUGAGAAGAAGACGUGUACGAAGAACAGCUGAGACAAAGCACGCGACGCAUUUUACUGGUCGGCACAGCGAUUUACAAGACGCCAUUCUGAAUGCGUGGCAAAGAAAGUGGUUUGCUGCUAGACAGUUUUCGCCUUUCGUGCUCGUUAUCCUUGCCUUUUUGGCUUUCGUUGUCUACAAUGGCAGCAUUGUCGUCGGUGCAAAGGACGCGCACAGAGCUUCUCCACACUUUGCUCAGCCACUCUACUUCGCUCUUUUUACCGCGGGAGUGCUGGCACCGCUCCAACUCUCGCUAAACAGGUUUUCAUCUCUACGACAAGUUUUCAGAGAAACUCCAGCGCUCGCAUGUCUCAGUGGUGCUGUUACUGCCAGCAUCGCGAUUGUGGCGGUCCAUUUCUUCAGCUUGGCACACCCGUACUUAAUUGCUGACAAUCGACACUACACGUUUUAUAUAUGGAAGGAUAUCAUCCAGACCCACUGGUGCGUUAAGUACUUGCUCAUACCGCUCUAUAUCUUUUGCUGGUGGUCGAUCAUACAUUCGUUGCUCGAAAACCUCCGCGAUGCCGGCGUGAGGACGCCUCUCCUCCAAAAGCUCUGGGUAGUUUCGUUUUGUGGAGCUGUGAUUGCUGUCCUAGUCCCAGCUCCGCUGGUGGAAUUUCGCUACUUCACGGUGCCCUUUUACUUGGUCGCUCUCCACAGCUUCGCCAAGCUCCAAGUGAGCUCUUGGAAGUUUUGGUUCAUGGCCAUGGAGUUUUUGGUAGUGAACGCUCUGACUAUGAGGCUCUUCCUCUGGAAGCCAUUCCACUGGGCUCACGAACCGGGAACCCAAAGAUUUAUUUGGUGAAAGUGUACCACUUUUUGUUUUCUCUAGUGAGAGAGAGAGAGAGAGAGAGAGAGAGAGAGGUCAUUUGAUCUGGGAUCAUAUGACCAGGUUCGCUUAAAUCACAUUCCUACUAAUAGUAUGCUUGCAAAUCCUAGAUA